AUGAGGAGAAGGUUUCUGACGCUGAGGGCAAGGUUCCUGACACCUAAUGCUGAGAACAAGGUUCCAGACGCUGAGGACAAGGUUCCUGACGCUGAGGACAAGGUUCCUGACGCUGAGAACAAGGUUCCAGACGCUGAGGACAAGGUUGCUGACGCUGAGGACAAGGUUCCUGACGCUGAGGACAAGGUUCCAGACGCUGAGGACAAGGUUCCUGACGCUGAGGACAAGGUUCUUGACGCUGAGGACAAGGUUUCUAAUGCUGAGAACAAGGUUCCAGACGCUGAGGACAAGGUUCCUGACGCUAAGGACAAGGUUCCAGACCUGAGGACAAGGUUCCUGACACUGAGGACAAGGUUCUUGACGCUGAGGACAAGGUUGCUGACGCGAGAACAUGGUUCCUGAGACUAAGGACAAGGUUCCUGACGCUGAGGACAAGCUUCGUGACGCUGAGGACAAGGUUCGUGACGCUGAGGACAAGGUUCCUGAGACUAAGGACAAGGUUCCUGACGCUGAGGACAAGCUUCGUGACGCUGAGGACAAGGUUCGUGACGCUGAGGACAAGGUGUCACUAAAUUUCGGCAAAAGACAAGAUAUGUUCGUAAUUUCAAAAGAUUCAAUGCCAAUAACUUUCUUAAUGAUCUUUCCCAGAUGCCCAGGGAAAAUGUGGCGCUUUAUCAUAACCCAAAUGUUUGUUGGCGGGUAUGGAGAUCCUGACACUGAGGACAAGGUUCUUGACGCUGAGGACAAGGUUGCUGACGCGAGAACAUGGUUCCUGAGACUAAGGACAAGGUUCCUGACGCUGAGGACAAGCUUCGUGACGCUGAGGACAAGGUGUCACUAA